GCCAUUAUGAUCUCAGAAGGCGGAGCAGCCGAUGUUGAAAGUUUGCAUUUUAGGAAUGCAUUGGCAUCAAAAUGAGAGAUAGAAACUGGAUCACCCAACAUCAUCUCAACGGAUCUCCCGUUCCCGGAUUCCCACUUGGUCAUCGCACAACAGGUACGUUCAUCGCAUACUUCAUUCCUUUCUCUGGUGUUCUUUGUAUGUUCCAAAAUGGAACUCCCAUUCUCACGCUUCCAAAAUGUAUCAUUAGAUCAGAUCCAAAGCUAUUUUGGUUUUUCCAGUUUCUUACUAGAUCCCAAGGGUUACCGUCCCAGAAAUAUUUCCCUUUUUCCUGGGUUUGAUUUCUCUUAUGGCAGGAGAGACAGGUGGAGAAUGCCACCCUCUCAUGUCAAGUGUUAUUCCCUUAAGCAAGGGCUACAACCAAGACCCAAGCUAAAGCCCAAGCCUAAUCAUAUCCCCCAAAAUUUAGAAAUAGCGGUUGCUUCUGAAGAAACCCAGAUUAGGAAACCCACUUCAGGGCUAUGCGUUCAGAUAGAGAAGCUCGUUUACUAUAAAAGGUUUGAAGAGGCACUUGAAUUGUUCGAAAUUUUGGAGUGCGAGGGCAAUUAUGAUGUGGGGAGCACUACAUACGAUGCGCUGGUGACUGCAUGUAUUGGGUUGAGAUCUAUUAGAGGAGUUAAGAGAGUAUCCAGUUACAUGAUCGAAAGCGGGUUUGAGCCGGAUCUGUAUUUGCAAAACAGGGUCUUGUUGAUGCACGUGAAAUGUGGGAUGAUGAUAGAUGCACGCUGGUUGUUUGAUGCUAUGAAAGAGCGAAACUUAGUGUCCUGGAACACAAUUAUGGGUGGGCUUGUCGAUUCAGGAGAAUACAGCGAGGCUUUCCAGUUGUUCCUUCUCAUGUGGUCGGAGUUUUCGGAUGUCAGCUCCCGCAUGUUUGCCACGAUGAUUCGGACUUCCGCUGGACUGGGGCUAGUCUCUGCAGGGAGACAAUUGCACUCCUGUGUCUUGAAGAUGGGGAUAGGGGCUGAUAUUUUUGUGUCUUGUUCUUUGAUUGAUAUGUAUAGUAAGUGUGGGAACAUUGAAGCUGCUCAAUUUGUCUUUGAUGAAAUGCCAGAAAAGACGGUGGUUGGAUGGAAUUCAAUUAUUGCAGGGUAUGCACUUCAUGGGUAUAGUGAGGAAGCUCUGAGUAAGUAUCAUGAGAUGCAGUGUUCAGGUGUGAAAAUGGAUCACUUCACUUAUUCCAUAAUUAUUCGAAUAUGCACCCGUUUAGCUUCACUAGAGCAAGCUAAGCAAGUCCAUGCUGGCCUUGUUCGUCAUGGUUUUGGGUUAGAUGUAGUAGCUAACACGACACUGGUCGACUUGUAUAGCAAAUGGGGUAGGAUCGAAGAUGCGCGGCAUGUUUUCGAUAGCAUGCCUCGCAAGAAUGUCAUCUCUUGGAAUGCUUUGAUUGCUGGAUAUGCUAACCAUGGUCGGGGAGUGGAGGCUGUCGAGAUGUUUGAACAAAUGCUCUGUGAAGGCAUGGUUCCCAAUCAUGUCACUUUUCUUGCUGUGUUGUCUGCCUGUAGCUAUUCAGGCUUGUCAGAUAAAGGUUGGGAAAUUUUUGAAUCAAUGAGCGAGGACUACAAUGUCAAGCCCCGAGCAAUGCACUAUGCAUGCAUGAUUGACCUAUUGGGACGAGAAGGUCUCUUGGAUGAAUCUUUCGCAUUGAUUAGAGAUGCGCCCUUUAAGCCUACUGUGAACAUGUGGGCUGCCUUGCUGACAGCCUGUAGAGUCCACAAGAAUUUAGAACUUGGGAAAUUUGUGGCCGAAAAGCUUUAUGGGAUGGAACCUGAGAAGCUUAGCAACUAUAUCGUGUUGUUGAACAUAUAUAACAGUUCUGGAAGAUUGGAGGAAGCUGCUGCGGUCCUACAGACCUUGAAAAGAAGGGGCUUGAGAAUGCUUCCUGCAUGUAGUUGGAUUGACGUCAAGAAAAAACCUCACAUUUUCCUUUCAGGAGAUGCAUCCCAUAUUCAAACCAAAGAAAUUUACCAAAAAGUAGACAGCUUGAUGUUGGAGAUAACAAAACAUGGUCAUAUCCCAGUUCAGAAAUCUUUGCUUCCUGAUGUGGAUGAACAGGAAGCACAGAUUUCUUCCUACCAUAGUGAAAAACUAGCAAUUGCUUUUGGACUCAUCAAUACGUCAAGUUCAACGUCAUUACAACUAGUGCAGAGCCAUCGGAUCUGUGCUGAUUGCCAUGAGGUGAUUAAGUUGAUAGCCUUGGUUACUGGACGGGUAAUUGUUGUGAGGGACGCAAGUCGCUUUCACCAUUUCAAGGAUGGAACUUGUUCUUGUGGGGAUUACUGGUGACUACACAAUUAUUCCAUUGUAGAAAAUUUUUGUAUUCCAGUACUAUUG